AUGUCAAAUGCAAAUGGCCAUAUUGAUAUUGAAUGCCAAGAAAGUGAUGACGAAUAUUUUAACGUAAAAAAUAAGGGAGAGUAUUCGGAAGGAAGUGAUGAAGAGGACGACUUAGUGGACGACGAUGGGGAAGGUUUAGUGGAUGAAGAAGAAGAAGAAGAUUUAGGGGAUGAUGAUGAGGAAGAUAAUUUGAUGGGUGAUGAAGAAGAGGCAGAAGAAUAUAAUGAAUUUUUUGGCCGUAACAAAGAAGAAGAUGUAAAGGAAGAUGACAUAUUUAAUGAAAACACAUUAUUGUUUGGUAUUAAAACUAGAGAAGUAUUGGAACAAGAAAUUUUAGUUUUAUUUAGUAAUAUGCUAAAAAAAGAAACAAUUUUAAGUAAAGAUGUAAAAAGUAAUAUACCUGUAGACCCAGAGACAUUUAAAAGUGCCAGCUUAAAAAAAAAUGAAAAAGAAGGGACAGGAAAUGAUAAUAAACCUAAUUUAAAAAUAAAAAACAAAGAAGUAUAUAAUUUUAUAUAUAGUAAAAUGCAUCAAAAUGAAAAUAAAAAUUUAGAUAAUAAAAAUACAUAUAAUAGUGAUAAGAGAGAAGACGGAAAACGAACAAGUGUUAGUAGUACUGGAUUAAAUGAAGGUACUUCAAUUUUAAAAACCCCAAGUUUUCAAAACCUAGAUAAAGAGCAUUACAUAUUAGAUCCAAAUAUAAUACAAAUAUUAAGAGAUAUCAAUACAUAUCUAAAAAGAGAAAGAGAAUAUUUACAUCGAAAAAUAGGGACACAUAUCGAUUCUACUUUUAAAAAUCCAAUGUAUGUAACAUUAUAUAUAUAUAAUAAUGCAGUAUUAAAAGAUAUUAUAAUACAAGUAAUAAAUAUUAUUAAACAUGAUUUUGAUAAUGCUAUUUAUAAAGACAUUGAUGAAAAUUUGUUGAUUAAAAAUAUUUUCAUUCUAAUAAAUUAUUUAACAUCGAGACCUAGUAAAGAAUGGUUUGAAUAUUGGCAUAAACAUAUGCCAACUUUUGGAAAUAAAAAAAGUGAAUAUAAUGUUUAUAAUUAUUUACAAAUAGAAAAAAGUGAUAGAAAAAUUUAUCGUAAUGCACUAAAAAAUGAUAUAUAUAUAAAAGAGUUACAAAAAAGAUCAAAUAUUAUAGAGGAAUAUCAAAAAGGAUUAGAAAGUCUAAAAUAUGUAUUAAGUGAUAAAAAUUUUAUAAGUAUGCUUAAUGAGUUUAGAUAUAAUUGUCAAUUAUUUAUAGAUGCAGAUUAUAGAGGUAUUGAAGAAAAUGAAAAAUUAAUGGCUAUGCAAAGAAAAGAAAAUGAAUUAAUGGAAAGUAAACGGGUUCUAAAAGAGGAACUACAAUCUUAUGCAGACAAUUCAUCAGAUGAAGAUGAUCUAAGUGAUGAUAGUGAUAAUAGUAAUGAUGCAAACCCUGAAAACCCUGAAAAUACUAACACCCCUUCUACUCCAGAAGAUGAUAUAAAAAAAAAAAAUAAUAUCGUGAAAAAAAAAAUAAAAAAUAUUAAAAAAAGAAUCAACGAAAUAAAUGAAGAACUACAUGAUAUAUCAAACUUCUUUUUAGAAGACAAAAGAAAAAGAGAAAAAUUAACUCAUGAAUAUAAAGAAAAUAUAUAUUUAAUUAGAAAUAUAUUAUCACAAGUAUUAGGUAUUAGAAAUAUGAAAGGGGGUCGAGAUAUUAAUCUAAAUAAUGUUCAUUAUGCAAUUUUACAACAUGCAUUAGACAAACAUAGCUCUUUAAAUCUGAUAAUCGAUGAAAUGAUAAAUUUAUUUAAAAAAGAAAUACAAAAAUAUGAAGAUGAAAAAAAUAUACAUAUCCCAUAUUUAAAUCAAAACACUAUGAAAAAUAUAUGGGAAUAUGUUCGUCUCUUUUACAAUGUCAUAUGUUAUAUCGAUCCCAUUGAUUUAGUAAAAUCUUUAACAUAUCAAAAAGAAAAAAUAAUAAAACCUGGAAGAAAUUCUGUAAAUUUGGGUUCUGCCAAAAAACCUGAAACCACUUCUAAUACAAUAGACAAUAAAAAUAAACAGGGAAUCAAAAUAAAUAAAGGAGAAAAACGAAAUAGCUUUUUAAAGUCAAAAAAAAAUAAUCUUAUGUUAACACAUCUAGCAAGAAUUAAUCCAUUAUUAGCUAAACAAAAAAUAAGAAAACCAAAUGAAGAAAAACAUAUGAAAAAAAAAAAAAAAAGAUAUAUAGUUAGAAAAAAUAGAAUAGAUUAUUAUGAAAGUAUUUCCUUUGAAGAUUUAGCAUUUGAUAUAUUUUCUGAGGAAGGUUCUUUAAAAAAACAUAAUAUCUUAGAUAUAUUUGAUUAUACAAAUUUAUAUAAAAUACAAGAGUUUAUAAAUAAUAUUAUAGGAAUAAAUGAAGAAUUUGAAAAUAUUUAUGACACAUCUGAAAAUAGUUAUAGUGGUAAUGGAAAUAGUCCCUUUAGAUCUAAUGAAAAUGAAAAUAAUUCUCCGAAAAACCAUGAAAAAACUCAACAAUAUGCAGAAAAUUUUAAUUACUCUUUAAAAGUAUUUUUAAAUAUAUGUAUAAAGGAUCUAAACAGAUGUAUCAGUGAAUAUUAUAAUAAUGAAUGGGAUAUCAAAAUUAUUUUGAAUAUUCAUGCAUGGAUAUUGACAUAUUAUACAAAUUAUUAUAAGUAUGAAAACAAAAAAAGAUUAUCAAACAGUAGAGAAGGGAACAAUAUAAAUGAUACAGAAGAUAGUGGAUUGAAAUAUACACACACAAAUAGUAACAAAAUUGAAGAAAGGGGUUCCCCAUUUAUUUCUAGAAUCCAAAUGGUUCUUGGUAUGCAAAUGUAUAUAGGGGAUAACAGUAUUCAUACUGAAUUUUUAUGUGAUACAUUUGAAAGAAUAAUUAGAGAAGAAAAAAUGAGAAAAAAUAGUAGUAAAAUAAUUUUAUGUUGUUUAAGAUGUUUAUAUGCUGAUUUAAAUUUAUUAGACAUGCAUGCAUUAUCUACUGAUGAUAGUGUAAAAGCUAUUUGUAAAUCUUCUUUAAAUAAUUUCCUAAAAAGAAAUAUAUUAAAUAAAUUAAGUUGGAUAUUAAAAAAUUAUAAAAUUAUGAGUCAUGAAAAAAAUAUUUUUAUUUAUUCUUUAAAAUGUAGUUUAUUAAUUAUACAACUUUUAGAAAAGUUAGGUGGAUCAACUUAUAUUGUAAAAGAAAGUAAAAAAAAAAUAUAUGAUGAAGGAGAAAGCGAAGAAAAUUAUAGUAAUUAUAAUGAGGAUGAAGGUUAUUCAAAUAAUAAUGAUCAUGGAUAUAACACAUUUAAUGAGCCAAUGGAAAAAGUUUAUGUUUCAAAUUUAGUAGAUGAAAUAUAUAGUGGAAAAAUAAUAAAUAUAUGUAUGCAAAUUUUAGAAAAUUUUAAAAAAAAUCGUACAUAUAUUAAUGAUUUAAUUAUAACUUAUUUUGAAUAUAUAAUAAAACAUAAAGACAAUGAAUAUAACUUUUUAAUAUUCUUUGAUAUUAAAUAUUUCUUAAUUUUUAAAGAUAUAAUAAAUGAUGAACAAUGUUAUACUAAUCCACAUUAUUAUUGGAUCGCAUGUUUUUUUGAAAAUAUUAUCUCAUGCUUUUUUAAAUUAUGGAACAGUAAUAAUUUUAUUCCAAUUGAAUUAUUUUUUUCUAAAGAUGUUAAUAAAAAUAUGUCUUCCCUAAUUAGUGAAAAUUAUAUGUUGUCAAUAUUUAGUAAUUACAACGAAGGUAAUGAUAGCUAUAUUUAUGAACAGCUAACUAAAGGGGUAGGAAUAAAUGAUGUUUUUAUUCAAAUGAAUUCAAGAAAAAGAUUAGAACAUUUACAAUGGUCUGAAGAAGAUAUACAAAAUCUAAAAUUAUAUUUCAACCAAUUUAAACAUAUGCAUAGUUAUUUAUCAUUCCUUAGUGAAAUGCUUAAUAAACCACCAAAUACUGUAAAAAACCAAUUAAUUUAUUUAAAUUAUAUUGAUAAACGUGGGAAUGUUUUAAAUUUCCAUGACUAUGAGUCUUUACAUAGUUCAGGUCGAAGUUCUUCUCAAAGUUCGGAUAGUAACUCUGAAAGUGAAGACCAUAUUAGACAUAAAAAAUUAUUUACAAAAAAUAAAGAAACAAAUGAAAAUGCAAAACAUGUUGAUUUAAAUGAUAUCGAAGAAUAUAAUAAAUCGAAAAAAAAACAACCAUUACUUUUUACUAUUUAUAAAUUAAAAAAAUUAAAUGAAAAACAAAAUCAAGAACAUAAUUUAACAACAAAUGAAAUUAAUUGUAAUGUUGAAACUGUUUUAGAAGAAAUGGUUGGUGGUUUACGUUCUUUAUAUGAAUUAAAAAAAUUGUCAAAAAAUAAAUAUCUUUCUUCCAAGGCACAUGUUUUUGAUAUACCAUUAAGUAUGUCAUCUGAUUUAUUAGAACAUCAUUACUUUAAAAAGUUAUUAACAUUACUUGGGUUCGUAUAUAAUAAUAAUAGUGAUGAAUGGUUUUUAGAUGAUAACUUAGAUAUAGAUGUAUUUAGACAAAUUGUUGAAAAAUUUGAAGAAUUCCAUGUUAUACCAAUUCAAGACUUACGAACUAGAUUACAACAUCCAUUAUAUAAAAAAAAUAGUAGCAAUGAAACGGAUGAUCCACAAAAUGAUUACUCACCAAGUGACAGUAAAAAAAAUACAAAAGAUGCAGCAUCUACUAAUGCAGAUGACGAUGAUGACUUUCUAUUUUAUAAUAACGAUAAUGAAAAUAAAGUGACUCAUAUAAAUCCAGAAGAUUGUCAAGAUGAAGAAAUGUUACAUACCAUACCUUUAGCAAAACCAAAAGGAACUCUUGAAUUAAUCAAAUUAAUGUAUGAAUUUUUUUCAAGCAAUGAUGAAAAUUUUCGAAUUUUUUUUAUUAAUCUAAUGAAUACUAUAUCAGAUAGAUUUAAUUUAUUAUUUGAACAUAAACUUAGAGAACGUUUUAUCGAUCAGUUUGGUAAUGUUAUAGCUAGUUCGACAGGUGAUAAUAUCGAUAGUUUUUCUACUAAAAAAAAUGAUGAAAAACAAAAUACAAACAUUGAAAAAUAUAAAAUAUAUCUUACCUCAGAUGAAAAAACUACUAUCAAACUAUGCUAUAAUCGUGAAGCUUUAAAGACAUUACUAAAAUAUUUAGGUAUACAUAUAUACUCUCAUGAAAAAUUAAUUAUAUAUAAAGACAUAAUAAAUGAUGAAGUUGUUUUAGAAAGAAUUAAAGUAAUAAAUAAUUAUAAAACGCUAGCUAUACAAGAUAUUAAAAAAGCUAUUGAUGAAAAAGAAGAAUUAAUUGAACAAAAAAAAAAAAAAAAAAAAGAAAAAAAACCAACACCAGAACAAAAAUUCGAUUUUAUUAAACGAGUAUGUGAAUAUCUACAUUUUAAAUAUGUAACAUCAAAAAUGAAUGCUUCAACGAAUUUCAAUCAAAAUAAUGUUAAUCAAAACAAUAUUAAUGAUACAUAUUUUGGUGAUGAUAAAUUAUUAAAUUUUAUUUAUGAAAAAUUAAAUUCUUGGAAUAAUAAAAGAAAUAAAAAAAAUGACGAUCAAAAUUUAUGUCUUCGUAUCACUGAUCUUACACAGUGCAUUAUUAUCCAAAAUUAUGGAACCGAUAUUGCUGAAAAUGUCUCUGAUGAUAAUUUAGCUAGUUCCUACAUACCAUUUAUUAAAAAUAUAUGUACAUCAAUAAAAGGGGUGGAACAAAAUGUAUCAAAUGAAAUGGGUGUUGAAACUUCUGAUGAAGCAAUUUAUUGGAUUUGCUCAGAAAUACAUAUAAAAUGGAUAAAGGCAAUACUUAAAAUUUUUUAUAACAUCCUUUUUGACACUUCAUAUAAUACUGUAGGAAAAUUAUUUGAAGAAUAUAAAAAUAUAAAAGAAAUAUUAAAUGACACAUCUUACAGCUUUUUGGAUAAUACAAAUUAUGAUCAGACAUCUGAUCAAGUUAACUUAGAUAUGAUUCCACCAAAUGACAAUAUAAAACCAGAUGAUAACAUAAAUGAAAAAAGUGACAUACAGGAAAAUCUACACAAUGACAAGCCUGAAGAAUUGAAUAAUCACAUUGAAGAAAAAACAAUACAGACUUUGAAUAUAAAUGAUGAAUAUAAUACUUCAUUAAAUAAUUAUAAAAAGAGAACCUUAAAUAUUGAUGACAAUCCAAGUUUAAGAAGUAAACGAAAAAUAUGUGAAACUAUUAUGGAACAUGAUUAUGCUCAUCUUUUCAAAAAAACAAAAUUACAAAAUUCUUAUAUAAAUACAUAUAAAAAAAAUAGAAAAUUAAUUAUUUCAUCAUUGCUUAAUAAUAAAAAUAUUAUACAAUAUAAAGAGAUUGAUAUUAUUAACAAGGUUAAACAGAUUGCCAUCAAGGCUCGCCAAAUGGCAUCAACCGGGGAUUUACGAAAAAGAUGGAAAACCCGAGAAGAUGUCAGGACGAUACUUUUAUUAUAA